CAGAGGAGCAGUUUCUGCUCCGCUGAGCUCUCCUCUGUGAUUCUGCGCCUUUAUUUAGUCUUUCCUGUUAUCUGGCCGGCGAGCCGAUACUCGGCGCUCUGAGAGGAGGACAAACGGACGCACACACGGAGGGAGGGAGGGUGGAAAGGGUAAACUGUCAGACAGAGUUGUUUGUUUCCCUCCUCCCUACGUCUACCUGCCCAUCACUGCUACCCAGCCGCCUGCGUCUCGUGGAUCUAUCUCCGCUGUGGGUGACAGCCCGGAAGACGAGGCGAAACCUGUUCUCCACUGCUCCCCGGGGAGUCUUUAAGUCAUCCCUCCAUUCUUCUGACUGGCUGUAGAUGACCUCUGCUCUCCUAGUCUGCUUUUCUACACCAUGAACAAGAUGAAGAACUUUAAGAGACGGUUCUCGUUGUCAGUCCCGCGCACUGAGACCAUCGAGGAGAACGAGUUCACUGAGCAGAUCAACCAGCUCAACAUAAGGCACACCCAGGGGCUGACUCCGGACCGGCUCGGUCCUCCAUCUCAUGAUGCCAGCCCAGUGAGCCCUGACGCCACCACACCAGGAGCUCACUCUCCAUCCCACCUGCACUACCACAGCCAGGCCCAGCACAGACGCUUUUCCAUGGAAGACGUCAGUAAGCGGAUGUCUCUGCCCAUGGACAUCCGCCUGCCUCCAGAGUUUCUCAAAAAACUGCAGCAGGAAAGUGAAAACUCCCCCCUCUGCAGACCGCUCAGCCGCAUGUCCCGACGCGCCUCACUGUCUGAUAUAGGAUUUGGGAAACUGGAAACGUAUGUGAAGCUUGGCAAACUAGGUGAGGGGACUUACGCUACAGUUUUUAAAGGAAGGAGCAAACUAACGGAGAACCUCGUGGCCCUGAAGGAGAUCCGUCUGGAGCACGACGAGGGAGCGCCUUGCACUGCUAUCAGAGAAGUGUCUCUGCUGAAGAACCUCAAACACGCCAACAUCGUCACACUGCAUGACAUCAUCCACACGGACCGCUGCCUCACCCUGGUGUUCGAGUACCUGGACAGUGACCUUAAACAUUACUUGGACAACUGUGGAAAUCUCAUGAGCAUGCACAACGUCAAGAUUUUCAUGUUCCAGCUGCUGCGCGGUCUCUCCUACUGCCACAAAAGAAAAAUCCUCCACAGAGACCUGAAGCCUCAGAACCUCCUCAUCAACGACAAGGGCGAACUGAAGCUGGCCGAUUUUGGUCUGGCUCGAGCCAAAUCCGUCCCCACAAAGACCUACUCCAACGAAGUGGUGACUCUUUGGUAUCGGCCCCCCGAUGUGCUGCUGGGCUCUACGGAAUACUCCAUGCACAUCGACAUGUGGGGUGUGGGUUGUAUACUGUAUGAGAUGGCAACGGGUCGCCCCAUGUUUCCUGGUGCAACAGUGAAGGAGGAGCUACACUUGAUUUUUAGACUUAUGGGUACUCCAACAGAAGAGACCUGGCCUGGUAUUAGCAGUAAUGAGGAGUUCAGGUCUUACCUCUUUCCUCAGUACAGAUCUCAAGCUCUCAUCAACCACGUACCUCGGUUGGACACGGAGGGAAUUGAUCUGCUGUCAGCUUUCCUGCUGUAUGACACCAGGACCAGAAUCUCGUCUGAAGCGGCUCUACACCAUGCCUACUUCCUGAGUCUGGGGGAUGCCAUACAUCAUCUUGCUGACACUGCUUCAGUGUUCUCUCUCGGAGAGGUGCAGCUCCAGAAGGAUCCAGGCCAUCGUAGCUCAGUAUUCCAGCCUUUAGGCCGAGGAAAGAAUCGAAGACAAAGCAUCUUCUAGAAAACACAGAGAAGAAGAAGGAAGACAUGAAUGGAGAGAAGCUGCCUUUCAAAUCCAGAUCACCAAGGCCAACUAAAGCUUAACACAUUGAGCAAGCAACCUCAGCAACCACACACACACACACACACACACACACACACACACACGCAUAGCGUCACAAGGACAUCUUCUUCACUCAUUUCCAUGGCAGCUGAACUUGAAGGCUCAUCCUCUUUCUGAAGAUAAAAAAUGUUCUGCACUUAAACAGACCUUAUUCAAUCUCCUUCCAAACACACACACACACAUAAACACACACACACCCCCUUGAACACUUUUGCACUAUAAGAAACACUACACAUGUUGCACAUAUCAGAGAGUUCUUUGCUUCCCUCCUUUGAUACCUCUGACAAAGAAGGGACUGUAUAAUAAUUAACUCUGAAAACUGAAAAAUUGAACAAAGUCGAUCAUUUUUGCUAUUCUUAACUAGUCACAUUCUAAAGCCUGCUUGUAGUAUUUACAAAAAAACUGAACCAUACCAGCAGGUUGUGUUCUCUGAGUGAGAUCUCCUUAGUGUCAGUCCAGUUUGGUGGCUCCUCCACCCCUACGGCUCCCAUUCAUCCUUUCCUCAACUCAUCUUCCACAAGCUCUGCCUCUGCCUUUCUGCCUCCUGUCGGACCCUCUGCUGUCCCUCUGAAAAAAAAUGUUAGAACAUUGUACAACAAAUACAUCAUAUUUUUUGUACAAAUACGGGAAAAAAAUGCUUAACUGUCAAUUUGUACACACGCUCAUGUUAGCAUGUUAGCAUGUUAAUACAAAGCAAAUAAUAUGUGAGCUAACAUUUAGCCUGGUUGGGCCUGACCACUGAUCCCAGAAUCAAAAAUCUGAUCUUUUUCUGGUAACUGAACGUUACAAUGCCCAAUACAGCUGCUAAGCUGUGUGUGUGUGUGGAUGCUGUUGCUGUGUGAAGAGAAGACUCAAAGUUAGCUUUUUCUGCAGCAGCGAGACAUUUAAACAGAAAUUAGAGCUAGCACAGAACUCUGAGAAGGUACUUAAAACAAAACCAGGUUUUCUGCUGUAUCUUGGGAGAAAGAUUUCCUCAGCAGAUAACAGGAAGGAUGAAAGGAGCUAUCUGUUCUCCUAUCUGAUGGGGAACAAACCCUGCUUUUCAGGGACAGGUUUGUCUCAUUUCUGAAUGAGGUCUUUGGAAAUGAGACAAAAAAAUUAUAUCUAAUAAGCUUCAAAAUGUAUUUAGUGAGCCAAUGAAUAAAAAUUAAUCAAAGCUACGAUGCUGUUGAUUUGUGUGUGGUUUUCCUUGGAGACACAGCUUUUGUCUGACGGGUAACAACUACCACAUGGAUUUCACUUAAAUCAUUAGAGUUUAUGUGGAAAGAGAGAGACGAGUGACAGGCAGAGAUCCUGUGGAAAUUAAACCAACUCAGAUAGGACAGAGUUUCAUUGACUUGUGUAGAAGUUGCGUCUUGUUCAGAGGAUCCUCAGCAGUUCAGCUUCAGCCGCCGUAGCUCUGAAGCUGUACACGCGGCCAUGAGGGCAGUCCUAGCGAUAAACACGUAGCAUUCCGUCUUACCUCUACUGACUAUCCUCCACCUGUCCACCAAAUCUGACCCUUUUGUGAAUAAUAAUCUCAACAGAUGAGAACCAACUCAUGCAGAGGAACUUGCCUUGUUACAGAACCCCCACUCCGCGCAGACUGGGCUCAUUUUCACCUUUACAGUGUUAACAGCUGAAUUUGAAGUUGCCUUAGUAAGCUGUGCAUGAUGUGUUGGCUUGUGAAGAGUCUAUAAUUGAUCUAGUGUAGCUAAUGUUUUGGGAAACCUUUACUUUGUGUCUGUAAAUAUUUUAGUCUCCUAUUUGCACAAACCAAAAGUGUCCUCUAAAGCCUGCUCCCUUCGCUUUAGUUCGUCUGUCCUUACGCUGUUCCUAAAUAUGACCUGCUGACUUUCUCAGACUCCUCGCUCUGUGUCCAGUACAGUGAGAAAUGGAGUCAUACAGUUGUUUUCUUGAAGCAAUGUGGAUUAAGUAGGAUUCACAGUCCUCUCCUGAUGUAUUUCACUGCUACAGCAUAGGCAGUUUUUAGCUGAAGAUAUGUAAAAGUCCUUAGAUAAGAAACAUGAAGUAAUGUGUAAAACAGAAUUUUUGAUGAGACCAUGAAAAAUUGGUGACAUUUUUACAUCUUUUUGAGUCAUUAUUCUAUAUUUACGCUGCAGAUUUUAACCUACAGGUUAAAUUUCUUCUUAAGGUGGGAAACUGAUGUAGGUUCAUGAUAAACAUGCAGCUGAAGAAAUGAGCUGGAAAACUUUCAAAAAAACAGCUUGGCUUGCCAACUGUGUCUAAUUAAAGGAGCAGUCUGUUGGAUUCAGUGCCAUCUAGGGGAAAUAAUCACCUUUGCCAAAACUAAGAAACAAAAACCUCAGCCCGUAUUUUAUUUAUGUUUACUUGGUAGCUCAAAAAAGCCAGCCAGAACCUUUCUGGGAAGGGAGCGAUGUUCUGUAGGUUUGGUACAUAAAGAAAAGCAAAAAGGCGCCGACAUCCUGUACCUAAACAACUGAACAAUAAUGGAUACUUGCUAAACAAAACUGCCAAUCUGAAUUACACGCUUGGAAGCCUCCGAUACUGAUGAAAAAACUUUUAUUUUGAAGGCUACUGCUUCACACAUCUUGCUAGCUUGAAUGAAGAGAACCAAGAGAACGAGCAGUUUAAAGUAGUUCAACAAUCACUUCAGUAUACCUCAGUUUGUGUUCAUUAUAUUGAGAAUUAAUUACAUAAUAAACAAACGUCGGUAUACCAAUCCAACAAAACACUGGCAAUUGAUCGAAUGCCUGGUUUUCACUGAGCGGGUCAGUGUGGUGCGGGUCAGGUCGGUGCGCUUCAGUACGCCAUGUCUGUUAUCCAUUUUAAAAGUCAAUAUGAGCAGUGACCUGAAGCAUUGGCCCAUACUGGACCAUUGCUUCAGGACAAUGGUACGAUACGGUUAGGGCGGAGCUGCUGCCGUCACACAAAACAGCGCAUUGACCACGGGACAGAAAAACGGCUCUGCUGAAAAUAUCGUACUGAACUACACUGACCCGUGCCCUACCAUUUAGUGGAAUCAAGGCAAAAAGUGUGUCUCUAGUAGUGGAGACCCCAAAAUGCUACGUUUUUAACUUUGCAUUACAGAUGCCAUGCUAAAUGUUCAGCAUGUGCUCUACUUAUUUCUUUAGAAUCCAUUAUUGUGGAGACAAGAAAUGUUACCACUAUGACACUAUGAAGAAAACAAAGCUGUGAACCAAAUCAUAUCGCUUCUUUAUAGCUUUUAAUGAAGAUUUGCUAAUACUAGCCUUAAGAUUACACCAGAGGGAACGUAUUCAUCCAGAAAGAGAUUCGCAUGGCUCAUUUAAAUACAGUAGACAUGGCAGAACGUCGUCAGGAGGCUGUCUUUGGACGGCAUCUCUACUGUUGUCCUUAUACAAAACUCCUCUUGAAAAUAAUUCAAAAGACAUCUUUAGAAAAAAAAAACAUGGAUGUUGUACAAGGCAUGCAGAGCAGCAUGGAGGUGAAUCCUUCCAAAAAGUAUUCUUUUCGCAGUCAAGCUAAAGCAUGCUCCAAAACAUCUUUCCUUUCCCUGAGUUUUGCUGUGGUGACGUGACCAAGUGUGAAAACCUGAAAGUACUUUUGCAAGGCAGGUUGUGUCCCAAAAGAAGGAGAGGUUCAUUUUUAGUUCUGUUGCUGCACAUCUGGGAUGUGUCCUGUUCACAACUGCAUGGAGACAGAGGGAAAAUAAAAAGACAACUCUUAACAAUUAUGUCAAGCAAACAGGACAAGGAAUAAAAAAUCUUUAAUUUGAUAUUUGGUCAGAUUUUUACAAACGUUUUGAGGAUAAGGAGCUUCGUAUAGCUGUAAAUUGGCUUUUGAGUAGCAGUUAGCUUGACUUCUCUGUGAGUUAACCAAAAAGAUCCUCUAAACUGAAACUGCAUGUUGCAACGUUCAUAUGACUGCUGAUUGGAACGCCAUACAAACACUCUUUAACCACUUUUCAAGAAAUCAAAUAUGUCAUUUCGAAACGACCAUUAGUGCAUUUUUAUCAGUCAGUUACAGUCAGAUAGAACGGAAGAAACCGUGGUCUGAGUCUUCAAGUGACCUUAAGUAACAAUUUGUUUAGUUUUAAUAUCUUGGAUAAGAUCAUGUCAUCUACAGGCAUAGUGGUCAUGUGACUCAAAUGAUAGAAAAACAAACUUCUUUGAAGAGAUUCUUUGGGAAAGAAAAAAAGACAUAAGUUUUAGGAGAGUGCACAAAAAAAGCAUUUGGCCCUGUAAAUGUCCUGUUUUAAUUUCUUUGUCACACUUAAUUGUUUCAGGUCAAACACAUUUCAUUUUUUGACAAUAACCAAAUCUAAUUUUCAACUAAUUAGAUUUAUUAAGAGAAAUAAUGUCUUGAAAAUAACCUGUGAAGAAGUAUUUAACCUCUUACAAAUUUUUUUUCUUACUUGUUGAACAAAAAUAGCAAGAAGUCCCUCACACAUCUACCAACAAUAUAAAAUGGCAUCUUAUGGUCACUGUAGAUAGAAAAAA